AUUGCUCCUUCUAUGAGCGAAAUUUGGUGCUGGAAAUGCGAAAAUUAGUAAUUCCAAAAUAUUACGGACGUCCUUCGAUCGGUUUGGCUCUUUUUGGUUGCACAAACCGACCGUUCUAUCACGUUUGUGUAUUUCCUGAUCGGGCUUUAGGUCGAAGAUACGAGGGUAACAUUCUUGAACAGGUGGGAACUUUUGAUCCACUUCCAAAUCAGAAGAACGAGAAGCUAGUGGCUCUGAAUUUUGGACGCCUCAAAUAUUGGAUUGGUGAACGGAACGCUCAUAUUUCCGUUCCAGUGCUUGAACUUCUCGGCCUGUCGGGACUCUUCCCAAUUCACCCGAAAUCGUUCAUUCGAGCCAAGGACAACAGGGCGUUGAUUGCCGAUCAACAACUGAAGGUAGCUGCAGAAGCCGCGGAAGCUGAGAAAGUCGCACAAGAGCAGGCGUCAACUGGUGCCGCUGCGACAUCUCACCCACAGUAAUCUCACUUUUCUCUUUCUAGAAUCUCUUAGAAUUUAUAUUUUCUUCUAUCUUUUUUGUUGUUAAGUUGCUUGUUUUCAUUUUCUUUCUUCAAAACCGCACUUUAAUUAAUGACAUAAAAUGGUCCGCCUU